CUACCAGGUUUCCUAUGACAGACUGCCACACUACCGAUAAGUCUAGCAACGUCAAAUGUAAGUGGUUGAUAAUGGCAGUAUGACGAAGUGCCAUGAAAUGAAGCCAAUCGGCUAAAUAAACAACUUGAGAAAAGAGGGAGCAGACAUCCGAAUUGCAGAGUGGCAUUCAACAUUUUCAUCCCACUCUCACAAUGGUUACCGAAGCCGACUUGAAGCCCUGGCUCCGUAGCCCCGUCCGACGAUACAUCCUCACCAACGCCACCAUCGUCGACGUGACAGACGGCAGCCUGCGCCCCAAUGCAGCAAUUCAACUCAAAGAUGGCUACAUAGACACCAUCACCGACUCGACAGACUCAGCUGUCAAGACUGCGGUAGAACAAGGCUUCGAGGUGAUUGACUGCGCCGGCAAGUUCAUCUGCCCAGGUCUUAUCGACUCACACGUCCACUUCGUCGCGGUCCCUGGAUUCGGCGAUCUCUCGAAAGCAUUCGGCAACGCCAACGAUGUCUCGCUCCUUCGCCAACCAUAUGUCGCCGUACAGAUGCUGCACCGAGGGUUCACGAGUGUGCGAGACUGCGGUGGCGCGCAGCAGGCACUAAAAGAAGCCAUCAACGACGGUGUCUUCCCCGGCCCAAGGCUCUUCAUCGCGGGACAUGCUCUGUCGCAAGCUGGCGGCCAUGGAGACAUUCGCGGUGUGCACGAUCACUCCGAAUGCUGCGGCGGCUCAACAAACGGGCUCGGCAGACUAUGCAAUGGCGUCCCGGAGUGCAUGACUGCCGUCCGAGAGGAGAUCCGCGGCGGAGCAGACUUCAUCAAGAUCAUGGGCUCCGGCGGCGUCUCAACACCAACCGAUAGAAUCGACCACCUCCAAUUCACCGGCGCCGAGAUCCGAGCUAUGGUCGAAUGCGCCUCGAACGCGGGCACCUACGUCACAGCCCACGCAUACACAACGAAGGCCAUCAGGCACUGCAUCGAUAAUGGUGUACGGGGGAUCGAGCACGGCAACUUUGUCGAUGCUCCCACGGCGAAGCUCAUGGCGGAGAAGGGUGUCUAUCUUACCCCCACCCUCAUCACAUACGCUCAGAUGGCUUCGCCGAAAUGGAAGGGUUAUCUGCCGCCCGAAUCCAUGUCGAAGAACGAGGAGGUGCUCAACGCCGGUUUGGUGGCCCUCAAGACUGCGUACGAUGCCGGUGUGACCAUCUGCUUCGGCACUGAUCUUCUUGGGCCGCUGGGAGCAGCGCAAUCGUUCGAGUUCUCGUUGCGAAGCAGAGCUGUCCCGUCACUGGCGGUGCUGCAGAGUGCGACGCUCAAUGCCGCAAAGAUGGCCGGCAGAGAGGACUCGCUGGGUCAGAUCAAAGAGGGCUUCGAGGCAGAUCUCGUCAUCACAGACGCGAACCCUGUCGAGAAUGUGUCCAUAUUUGAUGACCCCGAGGCCCACGUCUUUGGUGUGUUGAAGGGAGGCAGGAUAUACAAGAGCAGAUGGAGCGGUCUGGUGGAGGAUGCUGCAGUGCCAGUCAGAAUCAAGCCGGCGUUGUGAGAUCUGUUUGAAGCUUAGAACAUUCGAGGAUGUUUAUGAGAACAGCAGUAGCUCAUAGAGCCGCAAGAACCAAGCUAAAUGUUAAUGAGGUAAAAGCCGGUGCCAAUCAUCACCGGCAACCAAAUGAGUAUUACCUAUGCCAAACUGAGCAACGCGUCAGAGUGACCCCGUAGAGUACACGCUUCCUAUACCCCAACGCGUGACAUAUAGGCAUCCUUGUGAUAAGAGCCAAUGAGAUAAGAAGUCGGAAUUCUUCUCCGCCGGGCUGGAAGGGGACCUGAAGACAAAGAUACCUGUUCUGAACAAUGUGAGGUAAAGUGAAUACUCUCUUUCUUUCACCUCGCUGAACAGCUUCACCUCGACGCGUGAUCCCUGCCGCCACAGUGGGGCUUGUUCUUAUCGGCAAAGCGUCCGAAAUGCGGAGAUACCCCAAGAAACGUCCUCCUCCAGAUACCUUUCUCUCUUCUAC